AUCUCCCUUUACAAAAUAAACUAAAAUGUCGGCUUUCUGUUGAAAGUCGCCGACAAAGCUCCUGUAACUGGCGCACAAGAGAUUCUCAAAGAUCAGUAGAUAAGCUGUGUCCAGUGGGUGACCAGGAAGAGCAUGCCCCAAACAGAGAUGGCAGUCGCUCAAGGGAACCCUGGUGGGGCGGGGACUAUCUCACUAGCUACACUCAUAGACUACAGUCUGCAGAGAACACACCAUGAACUCAGUAUCUUGUCGGAGUUGUUACCACGGAAGACUGAUAUGGACAGGAAAAUUGAGAUAUUCCAAUUUGCCAACCGUACCCGUCAGUUGUUUGUGAGACUUCUGGCACUGGUGAAAUGGGCAACUUCCGCAAGCAAAGUUGACAAAUGCACAGACAUCUGCAACUUCUUGGAACAACAGUCUUUCUUCUUCGUGGACACUGCUGACCAGCUGGCUAAAGUAGCCAGGGAGACACUGGUCACUGCCCGACUGCCCAGUUUCUCUCUGCCGUGUGCUAUCGAUGUUCUCACCACAGGGACAUACCCCCGACUUCCAACCUGUAUCAGGGACAAGAUAGUACCACCGGACCCCAUCACUCCCCAGGAGAAGAAGCAGACCCUGGACCGCCUGAACCAGGUGAUCCAGUACCGCCUGGUGUCCUGCGAGCUGCCCCCACAGAUGAGGAGACUCAAGAUAGAAAAUGGCAGGGUCAAAUUCCUUGUAGAACAUGAGUUUGAGGUGACCUUGACCUUGAUGGGUGACAGCCCCACAAUACCAUGGCGAUUACUUGAUAUUGAUAUCCUGGUAGAAGAUCAUGAAACUGGAGAUGGGAAGUCCCUGGUUCAUUCACUGCAGAUCCACUACAUCCACCAGCUGGCACAGAACCGUCUCCUGGACAACGACAAGCCCCUACAUGACCUCUACAAGGUGCUGCAUUCUUUUUGUCAGUCCCUGCAGCUCGAAGUGCUUCAUUCCCAGACUCAGAGACUGAUUCGCAACCGACUUGGUGAUAGUGUUCGAGUGGAGGAAUACACUCUCAGCAAGAGCCUGCUGACCUCAUACUGGAGGGAUCAGCUGAAGAAGGAUAAAGAUGGGACAGUGUAUAAGCUGAGCGUCCACGUGUGUGAUGACGAUGAUGGCAAGCCGCUGCAGAUCAGUCACAGUCCGCCCAUGUCUCCGGACGACAGCAAUAAAGUGGGACUGGCAAUCAAGAGUGACCAACUGUCGAUCGAGAAACUCCUCAUGCAGACGAUAGAAGUGAGGACCCAUAUCAAGUUGAAGGAAUUUGCCAAAGAAAUGCAGAGAUAUGUAGAUGAAAAAUGUGAAGUCCGAGACAUGCCUGUAGCCCUCCAUGUUCCGUUGUUAACCCCGUCAAUGUCCUCCGAGAUUCUCCGUAUCUCCAUCGACAUCCAGCGAGGGUCCUACCUCACAUCAGUACCAUGUCUGACUGAAAAUUCUGUUGUAAAAGAAAUAGAAGACUGCCUCAAUGCUGACCGUCGAGGACUGGAAAAGUAUUUCACUAAACUCAGAAUGCAGUUGUGCCUUCAGCGGUGUGAGAAGUCUGUUCAGCUUCUGCCGGCUCAGACGUUCAGUUGCCUGCCGAUCGUCAACAUGCACGGCCACCCAGUGGAGAGACUGGGCAGGUACAAGCUUUUCAUCAAAGUACCCAAACAGUCCAACUUCUUUGUGGUUGUUGAACUUGUGGAGAAGAAGCCGAGGUCGGUGGAGUAUAAGAAUUAUGUGCUGGAGACGACACCAUGCACGGCAGACGGCACGGAGGAUGAUCUGGCAGAAGAUGUUGGUGUCAAGCUGUAUCUGAACGCUGGCAAGUUCAUAGAGGUCGACAACUACUCCACAACACAUGGACCUUUCACAAAAAUAUUCGAGGACUACCCCACAACACAACUUGACAGUCUGACCAGGAAAAGAAAGCUGUUUUUGGGUGGAGCGGAUCUCGAUGAGCCCGACACAAAGAAAGUGAAGGGUUCGCCCUACUUUGUUCCUGAGUUGGCGUACCUGCUGGUGUCGUGUGAGGAGAGGAUUCCGUUUGUCUGCCUGGGUGAUGAGCUCAACAGACAGGACGUUCCCCAUGAAGGGAUCCAAGUGGAUGAGGAAGGGAUCUGUCUGGUCCUUGGUAUUCUUGAUUUCCCUGAGUGUGGAGGAUGCAGCAAGGAGGUCAGUGAUGCCCUCAAGAAGCAGCUGCUGUCCUGCAAGUUCCGCAUCCUCUCUAAGCCACUGCACUGGGUGGUGGAGUUUCUGUUCACAAGCUCGCCACUUGAGUCAUCAAGCUACAAGGAGUCAGGUAACCUACAGCGAGUGACUCUCAACCUUGACCUUAGCGGCGACAACGUCCAGAAGACCGUGACAGACCUCAAGGAUGAGUGGAGCGCCAUGGGGCAUCUCUAUAGUGCUGUGCAAGAGUUUGUGGAACUCUUUAAUGAUCCCCGGACGGGCCUACAGCUGCAGUGUGAAGUCCGAUCCUACAACUACCGCAGACUGACUCUGGCGUAUGGGCCCACCAGAAGCAGCAUUGUGACGGUCCAGUGGCGGUCAGACGGCAACUUCCAUAUCAUGCUGGGGACAAGUGGUCAGGCCAGCACCGGUAACCCUCACAUCGUCAUGGCAACACAACUGCAGGCGGACCUCAACACCAGCAAGUCGCUGGCGGAGCUGGUCACCGUCCUCAAUGAGACGUGGUCCCCGAUGACGUCCAUCAGUAAGCUGUCCACAGCCACAGUGAUGGGAGUGACAGUGAACAACAAGCAGCCAGUCUCCACCUUCACCAUCCUGCCACAGUCCUCAACACAUGUCAGGAUCGCCUUCCGCGGAGUAUACUGUCUGGAUGUACACUUCAAGACUGGCAGCAUCGUGGCUGUGAGGGACGGCGCCUACAGUCUGUUCGACACCAGCAAGGCCGUGGAAGGUUUCAACCCUGCUCAGGGACUCAAGGCGUUCCUGAAUCUGUUCUAUGACGAGAGUGUGAUAGGAAGUCAUGCUCGCCGCCGUUCCACCACAGAUGACGACAACCCCCCAUCUCCCAUCGGCAUGGAUACCAUGGACAUCGGGAUCUACCAGAACCCCAGCGUCGGCUCCCCCGCCGUCCGACAAAGACAGGAAGGGGCUGGGGGAUUCCGCUUCCAGAACCCCAUGACCCCACCAUCCAACCCCCACACCCCUGCAUCGCCAGGGGUGGCAAGAAUUCCAGCAGGGGUCAAUCCAUCUCCAUCCACCCUGAUGGGAAACCCGUCGCCAGGUACCUUGUUGACCGGGGGCUCUCCAGGCAACCCCCACCUUCAUGUCCCCUCCCCCUCCUCCUUCGUCCCCGCCCCCUCCCCACAAUCCCUCGGCAUUCACAUGCAGUCUCCAGCAGGCUCCUUCAUCAGCCCAAGUAUGGUAGAGGGCGGCUCCCCUUAUCCCAGCUCCAGCCUGGCAAUGCCGUCCCCCAACCCAAGGAACUGGCCGGGGUCCCCGUCAGUCCAGGGCCCCAGUCCAGCAUCACACCACAUGGUGGCAUCCCCAGGGCAUCCUGCUCUUCACUCCCCUCAGACACAACACAAGGACUCGGACCACAGCAAGACAUCAGUUGUAAGUCCACCGUCCCGGAUGCUACCCCAGAGGUCGUGGGCGGCGUCGGUGCCGACCCUGCUGUCCCACGAGGCGUUCAGCAACCUGCUGACCCCCAACACCAUGCCCACCUCCUCCAUGAACAUCCCGGGCAUGCAGCCCCUGCCAGCAUCCCCCAUCGAGAGGUUCUUCGGCUGUGUGUACAUGCGCCGACACCUGUCACGCCAGAUACAGAGUGACGACAGUUUGACAGCCCUGCCGUUCAACGAGCCGGGAGUGAAUGUGUUUAAGGGAGAGAGCCUGCAGUACAAAGUGAGCAUGAACCAGGCCAACCUGCAGACACUACAGAUGAAAGCCUUCCCAACACAAGACUGCAAAGACCCUUGGGCACCAGAAGAGCUGCAGAUUCUUGAGAAGUUCUUUGAACUAAAGGUGGCAGGUCCACCCUACAAGAUCAACGCCCUGACGGCGUUCAGCCGCCUCCUGGGAGCUCCGACCCUCAUCCUGAAGGACUGCAUCCAGAUCAUGAGGAUGGAACUGAUGCCGGACCGCAACCUAAAGUGGUCCGUUCAGUGGUGCCUGACCAUCCCUCCUGGCACCGGCCACAUCAUCAACGCCCCUGCUGGUACCCCUGCCAUCGUCAUCAACCUCGUCAAGGGCAAGAUGGUACUCAUGCUGCAGCUUACACGUCUGAAUCUGUCGCUGCCGAUUGGGAAAGAGCCACCAUCACUGAUCAUCCCCCUGUUCUACGACAUCGGCUCCAACACCGUCACCCACCUGGACAUCCGCAACACCACUGGUCAGCAGCAGCAGGUGAUGCCCAACACACCACAGAGUCAGACCAUCUCGGCUGUCAACAUGAUGCUGAAGAGAUACAUGGACAUGAACCCCAACUCGGCUCACUGCGUCAUCUUCCCAGCCCUGCAGGAGCUCAUGGUCAACCUGGUUCUGCCUGUACAGAACCUGCCUCAUGUCGGACAUUAGCUGACCACUGUGUCGGAGGUGUCAUUGGUAACCUACCUCAUGUCGGACAUUACCUAACCACUGUAUCAGAGGUGCCAUUGGUAACCUGCCUCAUGUCGGACAUUAGUUGACCAAUGCAUCAGAGGUGUUACUGGUAACCUGCCCCAUGUCGGACAUUAGCUACUGUCAGCUUUCAGUUUAAGACUUUCAUCUGUGUCAUGGGGCACGGGUGUCCACGUUAUCUUGUGCAGAGUUGCAUCCCUUAGGGUGUGCCAGAAUCCUGUGAUUGUUGGCUGGAUUCCAAGAUUCACCCUGAUUAUGAAUCUUGGUUUGCAGCGCCAUACCAAAACUUUUGGGUUUCGCUAAAAUUGUGAAAGUGUACGACCUGAGGCCUGAGGCCUCUAUCCAACAUGAAACAGGCUCUGGUAUUAGUGAAAUACUGUUAAGGCCAGUUCACUCACAACUGCAAGACAGAUGGGUUUGUUUAGCCUGCGUUGCAGAUCCAAUCGAUAGUAUGAUGUUGGUUGAUGUCAGCCAUCUGUACUGAUUGUUGACCAGUCAUGUCAAACAGCUGCAAAAAUUUUCGUUAAUAAUCAUGGGAAGAAAAUAUUUUCAUUCAUAGAUUCAUUGACAUAGUAUUAUUAAGAUAUUUUGUGAAACAUAGAUAAAUUAUGUUAUCCGAUGAAGACUUAAGCCUACUAAAAAUAUCUGUUUGGUCUUUGAUGUUCAAAGGAAUUUUACCUGAUGGACUGAUCCUGUUUCUUUUCAAAUCCAAAGUGGUUUCAGAUUCGUCUUGUUUCCAUAGUUUGUGUUUUGUUGAUGUAUAUAGUUAAUAUAGUUUCAUCCAACCACCAUCUUCAUUCAAUCCUGUCACCAUUCUUUGAAAUGAAAGAAUGUAUUUCCACUACACAGUGGUAUAUUUGUACAAAGCAAUGUGAAACCAGUGGAUAAUAAACAACCUAUAAUCCUC